AUGGCUUCACCAGGGAACUACUUUUACGAAUACGAUUCUCUGCUGCCAUUCAUGUGGAACCUAGCUCAAGGAGAGGCUGAAUUGAAGACCGAUGACCGCGGCAUGACUUUCGAGCAGGCUAAUCUUUGGGGGUCAGUCAGGAAGACCCGAGAUCGAGUCCUCACCGACGAGAGAUACAGAGACUCCGAUCAGGCCAUUCAGCAGUACAUACUCGAGUACUGGGUCUGGGGCAAGCACUGGCCGGGUCAGCCAUUUCCUGGCAGUUUUCCAACCAAGACCAGAUUACCCCAUGGCGUGCCAGGUCCUUCCUCUUUCGGUGUACUCGUACUCACUGAUGGGCCUCCGCCCUUUCCGACUGCUAAUCAUCGUCCCGAUAUGCCACUUCCCGUUGAUGAAAAGUCGCAGCAAAACGAGAUACGAGCUGCAAUAUUGAGAUACAAGGGACUAUCCUACGUGCCUUUCCAUGGCUGGGAUGAAGCAACAGGACUCCCCCACUACGCCAUCGUCUGCACCGCCAUCAACGGCUUCUACGCCUUCUGUGGCAAAGGCCAGGAAUACUUCAAGGAGAUCCGCGACUAUUUCCGUCCCGUCGCCCGGGUCAUGUUCCAGCGUGUGCAGCACGGUCUUAUGGUGGUUUGGAUCGAAGCCCCAACUCCCGAGCACAUUCUACUAUUGAACGCGAACGAGAACGCGUGGGACAACUUCAAGGGGUGCUGGGCUUUCUUCAAGAGCUGGGCCGAGACGUACAAAGAUGAUACUGCGGAGGAUACGGUACAGUUUUUGAGGGAUUGGCAGGGGAAGGGGGAGCUCGAUGUGAGUGGUGUCGAGCUUGAGAGGCCGCCUAUGCUACAGUUGGCUCUGAGUAGAGGGCAAGGGGUGGCACAAACAGACUCGAUGGUCUGGGAGAGAGAAAGAUCACAUCACACUCCUCACACCGCAAAGAUGCCUUCCGGAAGCUCAGAAAGAGCUGGGACCGGUUCAUACGAUACCUGGUCCAAAAACGAGUUGGAGCUCGAGUGCGAGAAGCGCGGUCUUUCUAAAAGCGGACAUGUCGCCGUUCUUGUGCAACGAGUGGUGAUGGACGACAUUUCGAAGCACGAGUACUGCGGGCCGACCGACUGUUUCACCAAAGAGAACGAUCCUGACGGGUCGAUUGAGAAUGCGAGGGUUGAUGCAGACGCCAAGUUUGAUUACCAUUGCCAAAGUAUCAUGAGCAAGGCAUGGCAGAACUACUACGAGGGCAUGUUGGAAAUUGAGCGCACAAAAUCCUACACUACUGCAAAGGACAUCUUCGAUAGUACCAGGGAUAGAGAAGCUGAGAUAUCCCACAAAGUCGGUGGCUACGCCGGCCAAAAUUUACACCCUUCGAAGAAAGAAGCUGCCAUGCCUCAACCUGCCACCACCUUGACAUCCCGCAAGCCUCAAAGCCGAAAGUCUGCAGCCUCAUCAGAGCCCGGAACUAAGCUGAAGAGCGGUUCCUUGACAGCCAAGGGUCUUGCUGUGGUGGAGGUGAUGAACGAUAACAUCGCUAAGUCUACCGCACCUGCCCAACACCCCUCGAACACCGAAUCCAGAACCGCGGAACGCUCUCUGCAGUCCAACUCUGCCACCUAUACCAGCCCAGUCCACGUACCAGGCUCGGGACCAAAGUCUGACCUCAUCGAAAGCCUCCCGGUGCCAUUCAGCCUUGAAAGUACUGGCUAUGUAUUUCUUGCCUGUGCAGACACGAACAAGAUCCGAGGAGAUUAUGUAGCACGUUUAAAAGCUGAGUACCGAAGCGUACCCCAGGCUCACGCCGACAAAUCCGGCUACUAUCUGGUCUUCGAAGACACGGUGGAAGGCCACGUGGCGCUGAGCGACUGCUACGAGGUUAUCUACGACGAAGUCUUGAGGGGCGUUUUCUUUGACAAGAACGUGAUCGAUGUGAAGCUGUUCAACUGGAAGAAGCCGGAGAAGGAGGUUCUCGAGGAGGUGCAUCUGGGCUAUACCCAUGUUCCGUAUCCGAAGGAGAGGCGGAGCCGUGUCGCCUGGAAUCGUGGACGACAAGUUUUGUAA